AUGACUAUACAUAAACCAACAUAUUUUAAUAAAAUCAACGAUACAUUAUUAGAUAAUAAAUUCCAUGUAGAUGAUGAAUAUAAUAUAGCAAAUAACUCAUCAUUAUUACUAGAAUAUAAGCAUCGCGAUUUAUUAAUACAAUAUCGUCAAGCAGGUGAAUCUUAUUUAUUGAUUGAGUAUGGAGAUUCGAAAUCUCCUGUUAAUUUAAUAUUACGUAUGCGUAUACAUCAAUUACAAGAAUAUCUUGGACUUAUUACAGAUUUAACAACAAUGAAAACAAAACCAAUCUUAAAUGGUCUUAUUGAUGGUGCAACAGCGAUUAGAUCAUUAUUAAUACGUUACGAUCCUAUUCGUUUAUCACAAAAUACUUUAGUCGAAUAUUUACAGACAGUGGAAAAAUCAUUAUCAUUUGAUGAUACUAUAAAUUUACCCUGUCGAAAAAUAUCUCUACCGAUAGCAAUCAAUGAUCAUUGGAAUAAGGAUGCUGUAAAACAUUAUAUGGAAACAAUUCGCUCGAAAGCAACUUAUCUACCAGAUAAUUUGAAAUUCAUUGCAAAUAAUAACGGCAUUACUGGAGAAAAUGAUAUUGACCAAGUAUCAAAUAUUCUAUUAGAAGCAGAAUGGUUAGUGAUUGGAAUUGGAUUUUAUCUUGGUUGUCCAUUUGCUAUUCCAUUAAAUCCGAAACAUCGAUUAUCUGUACCAAAAUAUAAUCCGUCGAGAACUUAUACGCCUGAUGGAUCGUGUGGCCUUGGUGGGAAUUAUAUGGCUAUUUAUCCUAUUGAAAGUCCAGGUGGUUAUCAACUAUUUGGAAGAACGAUACCAACUUGGUCAACAUUUGGUACAAUCGGUCAUCCUUUCACCAAUGGUCAACCUUGGUUAUUAAAUAUGUUUGAUAUUAUUCAAUUUCAAUCUGUUACUGAAGAAGAACUAGAAAAUCUCCGUCGUUUAGCAUUUGCUGGAAAAUAUCAAUACCAAAUAACUGAGUGUACAUUAAGUCUAAAUCAUUUCAAAGAAUUGAACGAUUCCAAUGAUGCUGAUUUACAAGCUUUUAAAGAAAAACAACAUCUUGCACGGGAAGAUAUCUAUGAAAAAGAAACUCAAUUAUUAGAAGAAGUCGAUUCUGAUCGGCACAAGAAUAAUUUUGAUCAAUCGUCAGAUGGUUCACAACAACUAAUACCACAAUCAGAUGAUAAUCAGAAAACUUUUUAUGCCAUAGUUGGUGGUGUUAUUCAAUCCAUAGCUGUGCAGAUUGAGGACCAAGUUGUUUCGGAUCGAACAAUUCUUUGCACUAUUCAAGCGAUGAAAACGGAUAUUACAAUUAAAGCUGAUUGUGAUGGAAUAUUAAAUCAUAUUUUCAUAAAAUUGAAUCAAUUAAUCAAUGCUGGCGAUCCGCUUUUUGUCAUUAAAUUUCAGCGAUAA